AACUUCCGCGGUUCGAUGUGGACAGAAAGUAAGAAAUUAGAUCAAACAUCUUCAGUGGCAAUAUGGAAAGUAAACCAACUUUCAGAGUGCGAUCUGCCCAAUUUCUUAGAUCGUUACAUAUUUUUUAAAAUUGCAACGGGGAAAGAUACACGAAGAAAUGAGAGGUUGACAUCCGAUCGAUUUUAUGCAUAUGAGUGAUUGCAGAGCACUUAGCUGACCGGGUUUCAGUUUGACUGCAUUGCUUAUUUCUUCCGUCCUGAAACGCUGUGGAAAACUCUUGCUGCAGCUUGCACCCAGAGGCGCUUGCAGCGCAGUGAUCACGUGGCCUCAGCGCCGGCUCCUCCAUUGACUCCCCAUCACUCCGAGCCUGAGCUGGAGUCUACUGACUGACCAUGGUUUACUACUUCACCAGUAAUGUGAUUUCUUCACCAUAUACAAUCUAUAUGGGAAAGGAUAAAUAUGAAAAUGAAGACCUAAUAAAGUAUGGAUGGCCAGAAGAUGUUUGGUUUCACGUGGAUAAAUUGUCUUCAGCCCAUGUGUACCUCCGACUGUACAAGGGGCAGGCAAUUGACAGCAUCCCCAAGGAAGUACUAAUUGACUGUGCUCAGCUAGUAAAAGCCAAUAGCAUACAAGGAUGCAAAAUGAACAACAUAAAUGUUGUGUACACUCCAUGGUCUAAUCUGAAGAAGACUGGUGACAUGGAUGUGGGUCAAAUAGGAUUUCACCGACAAAAAGACGUGAAGGUAAUUACAGUGGAGAAAAAAAUUAAUGAAAUUUUAAACCGGUUGGAGAAAACUAAAGAUGAGCGAUUCCCAGAUUUGGCAGCAGAAAAGGAAUCCAGGAACAGAGAGGAGCAGAAUGAAAGAAAAGCACAGAUUCAAGAGAUGAAGCGAAGAGAAAAAGAGGAGAUGAAGAAGCGAAAAGAAACUGAGGAACUUAGGUGCUAUUCUUCACUUAUGAAGUCUGAAAAUAUGAGCAGCAAUCAGGUAAGAUAUUUAAUUACAAUUGACUGCAUUGCCAGUCACCCUGUCCUUAGUCAUAUUUAAUUAUUGCUCACUGCAUAUUCUGACCAAAUUAACACUUUUUUUAAAAAAAACUUUUUUUCCUAUCCUUUUCUGAAGACUUUGACUAAUACUGGGUUGCACUUCAGUAGACAUAAGACAUCUGGUGCUUCUUCCCAAUGGCUAUGCUUCCCUUAAAUCUGGACCGUAAUACUGUUGAACUCCUUGACCAUGACACACACUCCUAUUCUCGCGCAACACACAUCUGCAUGGAUUCAUGUACCAUUCAGCAAUCCUCCAAGAAAGCAUACAGGACUCCCAGCUGA